AUGAUUCCACAAGAUAUAUUAUUAUCUCCAAACCAAGGAUUAUCAUGUCCAAAAGACAACAUAAAGGUUUUAUUGUUGGAGAAUAUACAUUGUUCAGCUGUACAAAUGUUCAAGGACCAAGGCUUCAAUGUUGAUUCACUGAGUACAGCAAUACCAGAGGAACAAUUGAUUGAACGUAUUAAAGAUGUACAUAUUCUAGGUUUGAGAAGCAAGACCAAGGUCACUGAGAAAGUGUUGGCUGCAGCAAACAAACUAUUGGCCAUUGGUUGUUUCUGUAUUGGAACUGAUCAAGUUGACCUUUCAAUCGCUGAAUCCAAAGGUAUCCCAGUGUUCAACUCUCCAUUCUGUAAUUCAAGAAGUGUUGCCGAAUUGAUAUUGGCAGAGAUUAUAAUGUUGUCCAGGAAGAUUGCAGAGAGAAACAUUGAGAUGCAUCAACAGGUGUGGCGAAAGGAGUCCAAGAGGUGCCAUGAGAUUAGAGGAAAGGUGUUGGGCAUUAUUGGUUAUGGCCAUAUUGGUUCACAACUGUCUGUGUUGGCUGAAGCAGUUGGAAUGAAUGUUGUCUUUUACGACACUGCAAGGAAGUUGCCCAUGGGCAACUGUCGUGCUUGUCCAGACUUGAGGUCAUUGCUAGAGACAUCCAACUAUGUCAGUCUACAUGUUCCAGACACUGAGGAGACUCGCAACCUGAUCGGUGCCGAGCAGUUGUCAUGGAUGAUGCCUGAGGCAUUCCUUCUCAAUGCAUCGCGUGGCAAGGUUGUUGAUAUUGGUGCGCUGGCUGAUGCACUGAGGAAGGGCAAGCUGGCUGGUGCGGCCGUCGACGUCUAUCCAACUGAGCCAGAGUCUAAUGGAGCGGGAUGGGUCAGUGAGUUGCAAGGCUGUCCAAACACGAUCCUCACGCCCCACAUUGGCGGCAGCACUGAGGAGGCGCAGGAGGCCAUCGGUCAAGAGGUGGCCGAUCUGAUCAUCAGCUUCAUCAACGAUGGUGCGUCAGAGGGCAGUGUCAACUUCCCGCAGGCAACAGUACCGGUGACGCCCAACACUCAUCGCAUACUUAACAUACAUAUCACCAAACCAGGAGUGAUGCGUGACAUCAAUCAGAUACUCUCCGAGUUCAACGUCACCUGUCAAGUAUUAACAACACGCAAGACACUCGGUUAUGUCAUUGCAGAUGUUGACAAGAAUGCCUCGAAAGAUAUCAAGAAGAGGAUAUCAUCACUCUCAUGUUCAUUAAAGACAAGAGUAUUGUAU